CAGGUUUGAUACUCUUGUUUCCCUGGCAUUCCCUGGUGUCACAGUUUACCACUGGGUGUGACCAACUCCAGGACAAAUAAAUAAAAAAUUAAUCCGGUCUACUAAUAUUUUUGUCAAUUCACCUACAGGAACAAUUUCUUUGAUUUUUUUUUAUUACGAGAUUGGAUAAUUAAUCACAUUUUUUAUAAUGAAGAAACGAAGUUUAUCUGGUACUGUGGGCAUUGGUGUGUUUAUGGUUGCACUUGUGUGUGUUGUCGUGGCUUUUGCCACACCGGCGUGGCUUGCUAGUGAUUGGAGAAUUACAAGUGCACGACUUGAUAAAUUUGGAUUGUGGACACAUUGUUUCAAGUCCCUGCCUGAUCCACAAGCUGCUGAUGCACCCACUAAAUUUUUCGUUGGAUGCAGAUGGGUUUAUGAUCCUUUUACUGCUGGAUGGUCUGAUAUCCGGGGAUUUUUGAUACCCCCAUUUAUGGUCGUCACCCAAUUAUUCUUCACGAUCUGUUUCCUCCUGAUGCUGAUUGCACUCGGUCUGGUCAUCCUCUUCACCACCUGCUGGGAUCCAGAGCACAGGCGAUUUGUCCAGCUGAUCUACUCCAUCGGCUUCAUAUCACUGGCUGCUGGUGUCAGUGGUUGCAUCGCUGUAAUCGUCUUCGCGUGUUUAGCUAAUGGCAAGGGAUGGAUGCCAGAUCAUGACAACAAUUACUUCUCCUGGUCGUUUGCACUGGGUGUCGUUGGCAGUGUAUUUGCCCUCAUUGCUGGGGGCCUCUUCCUCGUCGAGGCAAAUAUCCAGGAGAAAAAACGCAGAUACCUGAGGGAAUCGCAGACUCGCUUCCAGCUUGAGUCCAAGUCAUAAGGGAAUUCGUUAUUCUCGUUUUGAUUUCAGGGAGAGAUCGGUAUACCGAAAAUUCACGUGUUCGGGACUCGUCCAAAUCCGUCCAAAUAUGUAGAUUUUUCUUUCUAUUAAGUAAUCGCAACGAGAGGGAAAUUGUAAUUUUCAAAAAUUGAGGGUAAUUUUAAUUCGUAGAGAGUCAAGUGCCUUUUAAUCGGGAAAUGUACGUUAAGAUCACCGAAUUUUGGGUUUAUCUCGGCAAUGAUAGGGUUCAGGAGAAAAAGUUAUAGAACAUUUUUUGUAGGGAAUUAAAAUUCCCAUCAAAAAUUUAUCUGACAUUUUUUUCCACAGUCAACCCAUAGCGAGAUAAUUAAUCAUUUAUGGAAAUGAAAAAUUCAGUCGUUUUGUCAUUUCAGGUCUUAUCAGUUCAUUCGUUAAUUAAUAAUGCAUUAAUCGUGCGUUUUAAACACUCAGAGAGUUUUAGAUGAGAAUAUUUUUUAUUUAGACGACGUACUCGAAGAAAUUACUAAAAUUAUUAAUUUUGUUACUUUGUCCGUCCUUAAGUACAAACUGAAGAAAAAAAUAGAGCUUUAUCCACUAGAAUCGCAUUAUCAAGUCUCGAUUGAUAAUGGUAACUCACAAGUGAAUUGUAAUUCACGUUUAUUGACUCGAAUCUCCUUAAAUAGUAUUUUCUACUUUAUUUCAUGUUUUUUUUUUACAAUAAGACUCUGUUUACUGAUGUAAUGUACAUAUCGAGAAGAUAUCACUCUCAUUUUUACUGAAAUAAAUUGUUUAACGAAA